AGAGAGAGAGAAUCUCGAUAAUCACUACACAGUGAGAGAGAUCAGAGAAACUGAUGAAUGGAGAAGAAUUUGGAAACGCCAAAAAUUCUUCGAAUGAACGAAGGAAUCGGCGAACAAAGCUACGCCACGAAUUCAGUCUCCCAGAGCAAGUACCAGUGCGGAUCGCUUCCUCUGCUCCGCCGCGCCGUCGCCGCCCUGUGCAGCACCAAUUUGCCCUCCACCGUCGCCGUCGCCGAUCUCGGCUGCUCCUCGGGUCCCAACGCGCUCUUCGCGGUCUCCGAGAUCGCCACCCUCAUUCGCCGCCGCUGCGCCGGGGUGGCUCCGCCGGAGCUCAUGGUGUUUCUGAACGACCUUCCGGGGAACGAUUUCAACUCUGUUUUCGCCGCCUUGUCGGAGGAGAAUGGAUUUGUUGGUGAUUGUUUCGUUGGUGGAAUUCCUGGAUCUUUCUAUGGCAGGCUUUUUCCUUCUAAUACUCUCCAUUUUGUGCACUCCUCUUCCAGUCUCCAUUGGCUGUCUCAGGUACCUGCAGAGUUGAAUGAGAUCAGAAACAAAGGGAAGAUCUUCAUAUCAAAGACAAGUCCAAGGGCAGUAAUAGAGGCAUAUUUUGGACAGUUCAAGAAGGAUUUCAGUUGUUUUUUGAAGGCAAGAUCAAAAGAAGUUGUGGGUGGAGGGCGCAUGGUAUUAACUUUCAGAGGAAGAAGAGACUCAGAUCCAUGCACUGAUGAAACUUGCCUUCUUUGGGAUUACUUGGGACAAGCUUUUCAAGCUUUGGUUCAUCAGGGGCUUAUCGAGGAGGAAAAACUAGACAACUACAACACUCCGUACUAUGAACCAUAUGUCGAGGAUGUGAAAAAAGAGAUAGAGAGAGAAGGGUCGUUCAGAAUAGAGAGCGUGGAGAUAAUUGCUCUGCCAUGGGCUGGUGUGAUCAGAGACUAUGGCGAUGGAGAGGAGAAGACUAUCAUGAGUUACAAUAGAAGGAGAAGAACAACCCAACAAAUGGCUAAGGCCAUUAGAGCAGUGAAUGAGUCGAUGAUAAGAAACCAUUUUGGAGGAGAUGUCAUAGAGCCAUUGUUUCAAAAGUUUGGAGAAAUCAUGGAAGCUGAUACAAGGGAGGUGGAGCAUGUUAGUUUGGUUCUUUCUCUCGUUAGAAAAACAAUAAACGAUGACGAAGUUUCAUCUUUUGAUUUAAAAUAGCUCAAUUGAUUUGUUG